AUGAAAUUAAAUUUUAUAGCUAUUUUAUUUUUAGCUUAAAGCAUUUUUUUUGUAUUAGCUGACGCUAAUGCAACUAGUGUUUCUUGUUUUACAGAUAAUGCAUGCAACGAUGUCUCUUGUGGUAGAGCAGGGACGAAAGAUAAUUGGAAAAGCACAGGUACAGAUGCUAAAUGCGUUGUAGCUGAUUGUUCUAAUCUAAAUUAGGGUAAUUAAGUAAGUAAUAAUGCUUGUGCUUCUUGCUACACUAAUUCAAAUCCACCAAAUAUUUAUUCAAAUAAUGCUGGAACAGCUUGUGUUACAUCUAAUUGCUUAUAUUUAACUUUCAAUAGAAAAAUGACCACUUAAGAUUGUGUUAUUUGUGUGGGAAUAGGGUCUGAGGUUAAUCCUGAUAAUUCUACUUGUACUGCAAGUACUUUAACUCUAAAAUCUUCUAAAUUAAGUUAUUAUAGUCAGCUACUACUAGUAAGCAUUAUUGUCAUUAUGUUUACAAUCUGA